CUCGCCACGUCCCUUCCUCCUCUGCUGCCGUCGCUCACGCGUUGGAGUCAGCGUUGGAGGAAGAAGCAGCCGUCGGCGAGACACGGGCCGCCGUCCCGGGCCCCCGGUGUCCAGCCCGAGGUCCGAAUGGCCGCAAAUGUGGGUGACCAGCGCAGCGCCGAAUGGGCCGCCCAGUACAGCCUGGGGAGCGGGCCGGCCAGGGAGAGCAGCAUGGACGCGCCCAUGCACGAGAAUCCCGAGUGGGAGAAGGCCCGCCAGGCCCUGGCCAGCAUCAGCAAGGCCAGUGCCACGGGAAGCUCGGCCAAGAACAGCAGCAACGGCCAAGUGGCUACUGCCCAGUAUGUGGCUCAGGCCGAUGCAGCCGCGCUCCAGCAGCAGCAGUAUUACCAGUGGUACCAGCAAUACAACUACGCCUACCCCUACAAUUACUAUUACCCUAUGAACAUGUACCAAAGCUAUGGCUCCCCAGGCCAGUACAGCCUCACCACCACCUAUGCGACAGCAGCAGCGCAGCAGGCAGCAACCCCUGGGCAGCACCAGGGAGCUCUCACCCAGCCACCAGUUCCUGGCAUGGAAGAAUCGAUGUCCUACCCGACCCCUCCUCAGCAGUUACCAGCAGCCCAGCCCCCUCAGCCACCGCCACCCCCUCAACACACUGGCCACACGCUGGGGAACGGGGCUCAGCCUGGAGCCUCCUCGGCUCAGCAUGGGCAGGCUAGCCCAGUCACCAGUCAGGCCUAUGGGCAGCACGGUUACUCAGACCCUCCCAAGCCCAAGAAAGGACAGCAGCUAUGGAACCGUAUGAAACAAGCCCCAGGGGCAGGCAGCGUCAAGUUCAACAUCCAGAAACGGCCCUUCGUGGUUACCAGCCAGAACUUUAACUCUAGCUCUGAGGGACAGCACAGCAGCUUUGGGACCCAGGCCAAUCCGGAGAAGCCACAGAGCCACAGCAUGCCCCAAAAUCGGAACUUAUCAGGGAAGCCCGAGGACUGGCCCCAAGACAUGAAAGAGUAUGUCCAGCGAUGUUUCACUGCCUGCGAGUCUGAAGAGGAUAAAGACCGGACAGAGAAACUUCUCAAAGAGGUCCUGCAGGCCCGGCUCCAGGAUGGCUCGGCCUACACCAUUGACUGGAGCCGAGAGCCACUGCCGGGGCUGAGCCGGGACAGUGUGACAGAGAGUCCCAAGAAGAAGCGGUGGGAAGCCUCAGCUAUUCUUCACCCUGCCCGGGGAGCUGGGGGAGCACCUCGGGGUGGUGGGACUCAGCCCCAGCGGGGGGCAGGGGGCACUGGGAGUGCUGGCCGGGGUCGUGGCAGCAGCUUUGCCACCAAAUUUGGGAAUCGGAAUGUGUUCAUGAAGGAUAACAGCUCCUCCUCAAGCACAGACUCCCGCUCCCGCUCCUCCUCCCGCUCCCCUUCCCGUCAUUUCCGCCGCAGUGACUCGCACUCAGACUCUGACAGCUCCUACUCAGGCAGUGAGUGUCACCCGGGGGGCCGAAGAAACCCACCACCCAAAGGUCGGGGUGGCCGGGGUGCUCACAUGGACCGGGGCCGAGGGCGCGUGCAGCGUGGGAAAAGGCAUGACCUCGUCCCUGCCAAGCGCAGUCGCAAGAAGCCAGCGACAGCCAUGGAGUGUGAGGAUCCUGAGCGGGAGCUGAAGAAACAAAAGCGGGCAGCCCGCUUCCAGCACGGGCAUUCUCGGCGUCUACGACUGGAGCCUUUGGUGCUCCAGAUGGGCAGCCUGGAUGGUGGGAGCGCUGACCCUGACUGGAAUGAGCUUAAGAUUGUGGGAACCUGCCCAGACAUCACCAAACACUACCUCCGGCUUACCUGUGCACCAGACCCCUCUACUGUGAGGCCUGUGUCUGUAUUGAAGAAGUCACUGUCCAUGGUGAAGUCCCACUGGAAGGAGAAGCAGGACUAUGCUUUUGCCUGUGAACAGAUGAAAUCCAUUCGCCAGGACCUGACAGUACAGGGCGUCCGAACAGAGUUCACAGUGGAGGUGUAUGAAACGCAUGCGCGCAUUGCCCUGGAGAAGGGUGACCAUGAAGAGUUUAACCAGUGCCAGACGCAGCUGAAGUCGUUGUAUGCAGAGAACCUGCCAGGCAACGUAGGGGAGUUUACUGCCUAUCGCAUCCUCUACUAUAUCUUCACCAAGAACUCAGGGGACAUCACCACAGAACUGGCUUACUUGACUCGAGAGCUGAAGGCAGACCCCUGUGUCUCCCAUGCCCUGGCACUCCGGGCAGCCUGGGCUCUGGGCAACUACCACCGUUUCUUCCAGCUCUACCGGAAUGCACCCUGCAUGUCUGGCUACCUUGUGGACAAGUUUGCUGAUAGGGAACGGAAGGCUGCUCUCAAGGCCAUGAUCAAAACGUAUGUGAGGGCCGCCCAGUCCCCCCACAUCCUCAUUGCUGUGACUGCCCCCUCCCAUCUGCCUGCUCUUCAUCUGGUCCCCUCCCUCCUCACUGGCUGGCCACCCCCUCCCCCCCCCAUCUCAUUCUUCCUUUUCUCAUCUCCUGUCUCAUUUUUGUCCCCAGCUCAUCUUUAUCCUUCCCACCAGCUCCUUUGGCAUCUGCCACUUCUGUCCUUUUGUUUCUUGUCUUCCUCUUAGCCCCCCAUCCUCUUCUCUUGUCCCUUCCAAAGCCUCUGUUUGUAUGUGUCUGUCAUACAUGGUUUUCUGAGUUAAUUUAGAAGUAUCAUCAAGCAGUCACUGGGCUGAGUCACAGAUAAGGCCCAGGAUCUGGUUGGGAGGGAGUCCCCCAGCCUGAGGGGCCUUUGGGAGAAUCUCUUAACUUCAGAUGCUUCCUCAGGAGCCAACUAGUCCAGCCCAAACUUUCAAAGGAACACCCUUUGUUAUGUCCCCUGAAAACUGGUGAUGCCGCUUUAGCCUCUGAGAGGGUUCAGGAUGCUGCUGUGCAGUCAUGGUUUUUUCUGCCCUUCAGCCUUAGGGGGGCCUCUUGGCAGCUUCUUCCCGUCACUCCCAGGGCUCCCUCCCGGGCCAAGUCUUGGGAGUCCUUGCAGCUAGCUCUCACGCCCUGCCUGAGAUGUCUGCGAUGCAGGGCAGACACCCCUGGUUUGGCUAACUAGUCGUCCUGGAUCCCCCCUCAGGCAGCUCUUGAGCUAAUUGCUGUUCAGCUUCCAGUGUGGCUUCCAGAAGUACACACAGGACUGUCAAGGUGGGGGCUGUGCAGGUGGACCCCAGGCCUCCUUGUUGCUGGAUGUUGUGCCCCAGAUGGCAUGCAUGGUGCUGGCUCCUGUGGCGUUGGAAGGCCCCAGACCAGCUACACUGUGUGGAUCCUGGGGGGAGGUGAUUGAUUUCCUCUGGAUCCCCAUCAAAUCUCAUCUUCCUAGAUUUCAGCCCAUGUGGUGGGCUUUCAGAAGUCAUCCAGUGUGUCACUCCUGUGCCCAGAUUUGUGGCGGCUGCACUCCGGUCACUUGGCCAUCUCUGUCUGCCUUUGUUUAGUUGAGUCAUGGGUAGGAUUAUCAAGCAGCACAGUCUCUGGGACUCUGCUAGCGGUAGGCAGGGUGGGAACAGAGCAAGCGGAUGUGUCAGAGGCCUUGUGUUCAAAUUUGACUUCAGACAAUUUGUUAUUUGUGUGACCUUGGGCAAGUUACUAAAGUCCCCUGGGCCUCAGUUUCCUUAUCUGUUAAAAAGGCUCUCAGAAAGGCUGGACUAGAUGCUCUCUGAGCUCUUUGUAAAGCUCUGUAUGCUUGAGCCUUCCAGUGACACCGAGCCAGCCAUUCGCCGUUAGGUGACGGACUCUUCUAACCCACACCUUUUUCCAGUUGCCUGUCAAAUGCUUUGUUAAAGUCUGGGUAAACUAGAGUUAGAUGUUUCCGUGAUGGGCCAGCUUAGUUGCUCUGUCCAGAAAGGAAAGGUCAGUAGGACCCGAUCUUUUUGAGGGGAAGCCCCUGGUGCUGGCUCUCUGGCCUUCUCAGUCCAUCCCCUGGCAUUUGCCAGAAGGUCAUCCGUGGGCUCUUGGCUCAGUGGCUCCAUCUGCCUGGUUUGUGGUACCCGAGGAUGUUGCUUCUAUGAUUUGGACUUCUCAAGGACACUUGGUCAUCUGUGACCUGACUCUCACUGCCCUCUUAGCUGGCCGUCUCUCUGUUCUUCCCCCUUUGCCAGAGCCCAGGAGAGGUUCAGCCCCCUUGUGUGUGCCCUUGCUCCCCCCCCCCCCCCCCCCCAGUGAGCCAAACCCUUUCCCAGACAAGCUGGUGAAUGAGCUCUCCUUUGCUUUUCUGUCUGCCUUCCUCGUCCCCUCAGCAGUCAGCCUGCCAUUUCCUAUCUGUCCAUCUUCUCUAUGGGGACUUCUUUUUUUUGCAUUUAGUUUUAUUUAGAACAAGGCUUGCCAAACUACAGCCCUCAGGCCUGUGUAUCAUCUUAUAUUUUAGUUUUACAGUUUUAUUAAAAAAUGCAAGGAAGGAAGGAAACAUGCACUAAGUGCCUACUAUGUGCUAAGCACUUUUCAGUUUUAUCUCAUUUGAUCCUCACAACAUUCCUGAGAGGAAGAUAACUUUUUCCCCCGUUCUUCACAUGGAGAAACUGAGGCAGAGGUGAAGUGCCUUUCCCAGGGUCACCCAGCUACUGAAUGUCUGAAGCUGGAUUGGGACUCUGCUCUUUCUGACUCCUGCCCUGAUGUUCUGUGCACUGUGACACCCUAGCUGCCUAGGUGAAACAGCAAAAAUUAGGAGUUCAGGCUGUCUGUGGCAUCAGUGAGAACCUCUCUCAAGACCCCCACGAGGAGUAGAAGGCCUUUAUGCACAUGGGCCAGGGCCGAUCUUGCCUAGGGAAAAGGUCCCAUUUGCACAGUCUUCUUCAGGUGGCUGCCCCUUUUUCUCUGGGUCUUCAGUCUUCCUCACACCAUGCCACUCUUCCUGGCCAAUUUCCCCUGCAGAAUUUUGACUGUAGAGUCCUUGUGAUCCUUUGACACCUUGGAAAACUCUCCAAACCUGGGUGGUCCUUGAGGCUGGGCCUGGCUGCCCAGAAGGGCCCUCUUCCUCACUGGCCUGACCUGGGCUAUUGGGGGGGGGGGGGUCUUAUAGGCUGUGCCCUUGUCAGAGAGCCCCUAGUGCCAACAGGCAGUGGCACUGCUCCCUGUCCUCCCUUGACUAGGUUCUGUGCAGAGGAAACAUCUUUCAGCAUGGUUCUGAGCUGUGAAUACUGACACUUGGGAAUAUCUUUUCCCAUGGCUGAUAACUGCCCUGAUUCCUCCUGUUAACUGCUCUGUCUGUGGGGGCAUUUUCUGUUCGUGGGGUUCAUCCCUGUGAGUGUCCAAGAUGUUGAAGUUGCACUUGGCUCCUUGCGUUGUUCUCUUGUUCUCAAGCUUGGGAGCUCCCUUGCUGGGCUCCAGGCAUUUGUGUGUAGACAGGUGAGGCUGGCCUUGUAGACUGGCUCUUCUCUCACCUUUGUGGCCGUCUGCACGAUAGUCUCAUUGUAGCUGCUCACCCUCCAGGAUGCCUAGCAAGAGCCUGUGCCUGGGCAGUUUCCCGUCCUAGCUUUUCAGUCUGAAGAAAACCUUUUUGUUUGCCAAAAGCCAGGCAGAUAGUCUCUUGUCAGGAUGACUCCUGAUUUGGAUAGGAACCUGUCCUGCCUGUCCUCGGGCAGUGCCCAGAUGGGGGCAUGGCUUUGAUGCACCAUAGAAGGAACACUCGGGCAGGAUUUGGCUGGAAAAUGAAAUUAUGUCUCCACCAAGUUUUCUCGUCAGCGGGUGGCUUCCUUGGGAAGUCUGUGGGGAUGCUGCAGGUUCAGAUCAUAUGACUUAGAACCGGGAAGGCUCUUCCAGGAACAUCUAGUCUGAUGUUCUGGUUUUACUGAUGAGACCCAUGGGGCCCCCAAGGAAGGGAGUUCCCCAAGGUCCUUGAAGCACAGGUUUGAACCCAGGUCUUCUGACUUGAAAGUUGCCUCUUGGGGCCAGGCAGGCCAGAGAAUGCUUGAAGGGUACCCUGCUGGGGCCACAGCUGGGAGCGGUGCAGGGCUGGCCAGGUCUUCUGCGUGGAGAUGCCCUUCAACCUUCCCCUUCUGGGGCCUUCUCUGGGUCUUCGGUCCCCCCAUGUGUGCCGGCUGUUUCUGUUGCUUCCUUGUGAGUGAGCGUGUGCGCUCUGUACUCUGGCUGGCUGGUUAGCUGUUCCGUGCUGUGCAUGUGCGUGUGUGUCCUUGUGCGUGUACAUCUGUGUGCGUACCCCACGCACAUACAUGAGCCUCUGGCUUCCUCUUGCUCACCUCCUGCCCUGUAGACAGCUUGUUUUUCUCUUUCCCUCUGUCUUCCUUCUCCCAGCUCCACAGCCAGAGCUGUGCCCCCCUCUCUGAGGGCCGGGAGCCUCGGACUCCUGGCUCCUUAGCUCUCUGCCCUUGUCUUUUCCCCCUCACUUUCCCCUACCUCCCCGCACAGGUAAGUGGGAGCGAAUGGUGCAGGGGUGGUGUUGGCAGUGGCUGAUGGAGCCUUCCUUCUGCUCUGGGUGGGGGGUGGGAGUGGGGAGGGUCAUUUGUGGGCCCCAGCUGGGCCCACAUCCCUGGCCUUGUCUGCGCUGGGACUGGGGGGUGGGGUGGGUGAUGACCCAUUUCCUGCGGGUCCCUGGGCCUUGUCUCUUCCCCUCGCCCUUCAUCCAUGUCUCCUCUUGUCUCCAUAGCUUCCGCCCGGCGCUGCCCGUCUCCUUCGUGCAGGGGGAGCUGGCCUUCGAGGGCGAGGCCGCCUGCCGAGCCUUUCUGGCCCCCUUGGGUCUGGGCUACAUGGGGCCCGACAACACCAGCAUCGACUGCCGGCUCAGCGUGGCGCAGCUGCCCACCUUCUGAGCACCUGCAGGGGGUGGAGUGGGGCCGGGAGCCGGCCUGGGGAUUAGGAAGGACAAGAAGGGGCUGGUGGAGGUCUCUCCCCCCCCCACCCCCAUCAGCGUUUACUGGUUUAAACUGGUUUUUUUGAGCCACAGACUGGGAUGUACAUAUGGGAGAGGCCUGGCUGGAGCCUUUGCCUCCUCUCUCCCCGCCUUUGAAACCCCAGGGAUUUUGUACAGAGAAUUUUUCUACAUUUUUAUUUUCUUGAGUAGGCAUCGGGUGGGGAGUGGGGAGGGUUUGGAGAGUGGGUGGUGGGCUGUGGGUCUGUAGGUCUGUCUGCCCUGAUCUCUCACCCCCCCACUAACACUCUCUCAGUGUUUUCUCUCUUUCUCUCCUGAGCUCGUCCCAGGCGCCCGGCCGGUGCCCCAUGCCCCCCCACGCAGGAGGGGGCUGGGGAGAAGAAGGAAGAGGGGGUGCCUUCAGCCAGCCCUGGGGGAUGACGACCCUCCCCCCAUUCUCCGCCCUGCUUUCACCCCCCCACCUUGAAGAGACUCUUGCUGGCCUUUCCCCCGAAGGGGAGGGGCUUCAUCUUGUCUGGGGUUGGGGGAGUUACUUCAGACUGUACACCUACCCCCCCACCCCGAAACGCUGCUGCAGCCAAGAGGACGUCACCACGAAUGCCAAGUCACCGCCGUGGGAGCCGCCGGGACCACAAGUCUGAUGCAUCUCAAGUUGUAUUAAGUUGUCUCCAUGUCUUACUCCGUUUCCCCCCCCUCCCUCCCCAGUGUCUGUUUUGAUUUCUUCUCCCCCUCCUCUUUUUCCCCUCCCCCUUCUGGUUCUGCACAGGUAAAAAGGUCAUCCCUCCUUUCCCCCUUCUUCUUGCCUCCAUGGGUCACCAGGUCGCAUCAUUUCUUCCUUUGAUAUUUUAUUUUUUAAAUUAUUUUCCCCUCCCCUCCCUUUCUUUUCAACCCCUCCUUUCUCCCCCUCCUUUUCUACCAUGUAACUCAAUAAUGUGCAAUGAGAUCGAAAACAGCUGGACUGUCAGGCUGCCUCUCCUUUCCAGAUGUUCCUGUUCCCUCCAACCCUCCCCCUUCCUCCCUACCAUCCUUCCCCACCUUCCUUCCUUCCUCCCUCCCUUCUUCCCUGCAACCAAGGAGUGCUGAGCACGGUUUGGGAAAAAAAAAGAGAAAGUUAAUUAAAAAAAAGAGAGAGAGAG